CAGAACGGAACGUAAAGUGAAACAAAUCGCAUAAGCACAGUUCAAAAACGCCAGUCACCCAAUGCAGACGUCUUUUUUCGUCGAACCAACAUUCAAUCGGCUGCCCUCAAAUUAACUAGCAAAUAUUGAAAAUUUGGUGUUUUUGAUUCAAAUUACUUCGAAACUUACGAAAAGUUUAAUUUAAAUUAUAGUUGAUCAUUGGUCAUAAACAAUUAAAUAAAUUUGUUUUUUCAAAAAGUUUGUUAAACAUUUGAUUCAGUUAAAAAUACGGUUGAUUUUUUGUUUGAUUUGUAUCAGCCAGCGGUCUGGUUGUCGUCGUUAGUUCGAACGUUUUUUCCUCUCUAAAUUAUACAUUUAAGUGGAAAUUGAAAUUCUAAUAGCGAAUAUUUUUUUAUACAUAUAUACAAGUGAACGCACAAUAACGACUAACUAAGCAGAGACAAUGGCAGCGGCUACCAGUGUAGUGGUAUUAGAUCGUGGCAAUAAUACAACCUGUACUGUAAAUUUGCACGGAGCCACGGUUGUUUCAUGGCGUGUCAAUAACCAAGAACAAUUAUUCGUGAGCAAAUUAGCUGUUUUUGAUGGUAAAAAAGCAAUUCGUGGCGGGAUUCCGUUUGUUUUUCCACAAUUUGGACCGAGCAGUUUUGGGCCACAACAUGGAUUUGCACGCAUCUCUCGAUGGACGUUGGAACGAGCACCCGAAAGACUUCACAAUGGUGAUAUUGAAGCGCUUUUUUCACUCAUGGACAGCGAAUUCACAAGGUCAAUGUGGAAUUUUCCAUUUAGAAUAACUUAUCGAUUAAUUUUGCGUGAAAAAGAAUUACAUUUCCACAUUGGUGUGUUCAAUCCAAGCAAAGAUGUUACAUUUUCGUUCAAUUUGUUAUUGCACACAUAUUUGAAAGUGCCAGAUGUUCGUCGAUGCCAAAUUACCGGUUUGCAUGGAUGCACAUUCAUUGAUAAGACUCGUGAUGGUCCAAUUUAUCAAGAAGGCAGAGAUGUUGUCACAGUCAAUGAAUGGACUGAUCGAAUUUAUCAGCACACACCGCAAGAGCAUAUUAUCACAAAUGUUGUAUCAGGCAGAAAAAUGAAGUUGCAGAAAUACAAUUUCCCCGACACAGUUGUGUGGAAUCCAUGGUCGGAUCAGGCACGUGAAAUCGGUGAUUUGGGUGAUGAUGAAUAUCCAAAUAUGCUUUGUGUUGAAGCUGGUCAUGUAUCGACUCCAGUAAUUCUAUUACCAGGCACUGCUUUUGAAGCGAGUCAAAUUCUUCAGCUGGCAAAUUUAAUCAAACACAAAAAAACCAAACACAGGUAAUGUGAGUAGAAGCUAUUGGGACGGCAUCAUCGGCGCGGAAACGUAAUAAAAAGAAUAAAAAACUUCUAUCAGCGUUAGCCGUGGCGGCGGCUGCUGCAGCAGCAGCUGGCGUGUCAUCCCAAUCAUCAACACAACCAUCGCAAUCAAAUUCAACGGCGUCCAGCCAAAACAUUGAACAAAGCACAAUGGCAUCAACGGUAAAUGCAUCGACAAGCGGUUCGUCGGGAGCAACACCAAAUUCACCACCUCCACCACCACUAUCGCUAUGGCAAAUGCCAAACAUUUUUUGGAACAAUUUCCCAAAAAAGAAUACCAACUGUGUCGAUCCAUGUCAACAGCAAUCAUCAACCAAUCGAAUGUAAAUGAUGCCACACAUUUAUAUACACACACACGUACACAUACCGCGCACACGCUCAAACUACAAAUUACAACUAUUCCAUUAGAAAUUAUGAUGCAUUUCCAAUUCUAAUUAAAAACGAAACUAUAAAUUGAAGUCAAAAUUUUGUGGCUUCCGUUCUAUUGAAGUGUUAGUUGUGGAUUCAUUCCAAUAGAGUUAAUCACAAUCUGAUCGAUUCAGAUUCAUUAUUUUGGUGCUUAUUAAAAAAAAAACAUGUAAUAAUUUGAGAAUCGGUGAUUGACUUGAUUAAAUAUGUAAAUAUUAUGUCUCUUGAGAUGAAUGUCUAAUGCACAAAUACUGGCUACAUUUUAUAUUUCUUAUUAUUAUUAUUAGUUUUUAUCUCGUCGAAGAUAUCAAACAAAUACACUUUAUAAUUGUAUACGAAAUAUAUAAUUGUAAAAUAGAUACAGAAACAGAUAGAUGUAAACGUAAUGAAUAAAUAAUUUCAAUUUAAUAGUUAUAUUUAGUUGAUUUUCAUAGAAAUACUUGAUUAGAUGAUUAUUUUAUGUAAAGAAAACCAACAACAACAACAAUUGAAUGCAAUGGAUUCCAUAAUUUAUGUCCCUUGGUUGUGAUAUAUAAACUAUUUAAACAUUUUCUUUGUCAUUUAACGUAUGUGGCUGAUGCGAUUCAACAUGAUAGCCCGCAUUUGUUUGAAUUUUGUGUUCUGGAAUUAACGGUGCCGAUAUUAGAUUGAAAACAAUUUUCAUUCGAAUUUUUACACCUUUUGCAUUACACCUUCAACGGAAUCGCGAUUGUUUAUCGUAAACAUUCAUAAAAAAAUAAAAUAAUAUGAUACCUUUAGAUAAUACGAGGAGUCAACUAUGAUAUAAUAGCAUGUAAAAAAAAGAGUAUAAUCUAAUUCUACUUGGAAUAUGGAUAUAUUUGCCACAUUCUCAAAAUAUCUCUUGUAUACGAAUUAAUUGUAAUUGUAAUUAUCAUCAACGGAUCGAAAAUAAACACUUAUAUACAUACUAUUAUAAUGUU